AUGUCAGAUCAAAAACCGCGAUCCUCAAGCCGUUUUGAUGGCCGCGUUAUCUCCACUGAAUCUCUUGGGACAGACAAGGAAAGUCUCACAUUUGGAUGGACAGUCCUUAAUGCUACGAGAUUGUCUCCUACGAUGUUCAGACCGUCUAACAUCGGUACCCAACAUCGUAUAAUGGGAGGCAUCAAAGUCAACGGCCCAGACUUUAUGCCAUCGGAGAGUGCAUUGCGUUCUACUCUUGAUCGCGAGCCGCCCCUGAAACCGGCCAUAUCUGGAGCUUCUGAAAAUCCAGACAUGCCAAAUGUUCAAGACUCAAACGCCGUGAACAGUACGUUCGGAUAUUCGUCUGGCGCUUUAGACCUGCUUACCACCGCAGCGGCCGUUGUAGAGUCAGUAAAUACCCAGGAAAAGCCAGAAAUACCUCAUCUCUAUGAAAAAGAGGCCUUUAGAAAAGCUCCUCCUGAUCCUUCGUUGCGCAGAUUGGCGGACGCUAUUGCGGAUCUUGACAUAGAUGACGACGAUCGCAGUGAAGUUUUUCCCCACAAUUUCAACUACGAGAGGCACACAACCCUAGAACUACUCCAAUCUUGUUUUAAUCCAUCUAAUCCUCAAAUAACUAUCCACCCGGCUGACCUUGAAGACAUUGACGGCGGCGAUGAUAUGGAAAAGCUAACAAAUUUGCUACGUGCGUUGAAAGAUGCAGCAACUAUUGGCUACAUCGCGGCGUCGAGAAUUGAUAACAAAUCAGGCAAAGGUUCGAAUAUCAAGGCGCAAAAUAGGAAAUGGAAUAUUGAAUGGGACAAAAUCUUGGAUGACCAAGAACUUCCUCUUAUGAAGGCGGCUGUUGCUGUGGGCUAUAGGGUAGCGAAACGCAACGAGCUAGCAAAGCAGGGUCAAGUUGAUCAGUUUUUUGUCUGUGAGCGUGGUUCAGGUACUGUCUCUGGCUGCACUCAGAAUCAGUAUCGUCGCGAUGCUCAUCGUUCCGGCAUCUCAGACUACUUUGGGCGCAACAAGAAGGCUACGAAGUUUAUGUCCGGACUUCCUAACUGGUGCCGUAAGGACUAUCAAAAUCAGUCCUACCUCGACGAGAGUUGGCAAAGACAGAAACGUCACAUCAUUAUUGCUACAAUCGACAAUAUCGAAAAACAAGUUCGUAGGGAUGGCAAGUCCAAUAUUACCUUCACGAUCAAGCUUCGCUCUCGAGACCAACAACGUGUAGUCGAAGAAGCCACUGGCAAAGGUGUCGGCGCUCCUCAAAAGAACAACAAGCGGCCCGCAGAUCUUGACGUUCUUAAGUAUAUUCACAAGGAGUUCUGUGGACAGAACAAAUCCGUGGAAGAUUGCAAGAAUCUCGUCCAGUGGGCAUAUGCAGACUACGAAAAAAAACUAAUCAAAUGGAAAGAAGGCAAGUCAGAGAAGCAGAUCAAGAAAUAUAUCAAAGAGACAGGCCCUAAGUAUGUGGAGUUCCAACUACUCCCUGAGUGGGAAAAGCUUUAUACGGAAGAGGAACUUGGACGUAAUAUAUACCGCAGUGGAGAUCAAGGUAUCGAAGGUAAGGAAGAAGAAGAAGAAGAAGAAGAGGAGGAGGAGGAGGAGGAGGAGGAGGAGCAAAGGGCGAAUGAUCCUGAAGAUGAUAACAAUUUUUGCGGUCGAAAUGCACCAUCUCCUGGCAAGGGUAAGAAUACGGCCAAAUCUAGCAUAAAAACGCCAAAACGUGGCCACAAGAACGACGAAGACAAUGAAGAGCAGCAAGAGUUACCUCGUAAGAAGCUGAAGAAGUGA